UAGAAGUCUCUGGCAUGGCAAUGGCAACGGCGCCGCGGCGGAGGGCGAGCAUGGGGCGGCAGAAGAUCGAGAUCCGGAAGAUCGAGAGCGAGGAGGCGCGGCAGGUGUGCUUCUCCAAGCGCCGGGCCGGCCUGUUCAAGAAGGCGAGCGAGCUGGCCGUGCUGUGCGGCGCCGAGGUUGCCGCCGUCGUCUUCUCCCCCGCAGGCAAGGCCUUCUCCUUCGGCCACCCCUCCGUCGAGGCCAUCUUUGACCGCUUCGUCCCCUCCGCCGCGCAGCAUCCCGGGGCGGUGGCUGCCGGCGCGGGCCUGGGCGCCUCGGGCGACCGCAACCUGGCGGAGCUGAACCGGCAGUACGGCGAGCUGCGCACGCAGCUGGAGGCGGAGAAGGCGCGGAAGGAGCGCGCGGAGGAGGCCAUGGCGAAGGAGCGCGCCGCGGGCAACCAGAUGGCGGCGUGGCUCGACGCCGACCUGCGCGACAUGGGGGAGGAGGAGCUGAUGGCCUUCGCCGCCGCGCUGGUGGAGGUGCAGGCCGCCGUCUCGGAGCGCGCCAACCAGGUGCUCCAGGAGGCGCUAAACGUCGGCCGCUCCAGGAGCGCCAGCCGCAUGCUCCAGGCGCCCCCACCGCACCAGCAGCAGCAGCAGCUCGCCGGGGGCGGUACCUUCGAGUUCGGUGGCACCAGCACCAACGCCGGUAUGGAGAUACAGCAAAUGCUGCUGGCGAUGCCUCCGCCGCCCCCGCCGGGGUUCGCCCCAGGAAUGGACAUAGUGCAACACGGCGGAUUCCCCUAUUGAGGAAGUGAGAAGAAGAUGAAUGAUAUCCAGUCAUCGAGUCGCGAGUCCAUCCGUUCUUCCAGCACAUGCAUGCACGCAUGCAUGGACGCCGUCAGUGAGUCUUUGGUUAUAUGCAUCUUGCAUGCCGUUGAUGAUGAUCCAUCUGCCUGGAUGCAUGAUGCAUAUGCAAUCUUGUUUUCCUAUUUCGUUUUUAUUGUCGUUGUUUUGCAACGAAACAUAUUGGGUCCUUCAAUUGUGAUUUGUCUCGGUGCUCGAGAUUAAUGAAAUAAAAGCCCUUGUGUA